CUCUGACGUAAUGACGCGAUCACGCAGUCCAGAGUCACAUGAACCGUCUUCACAGCCGAUAUAUAUAUAUAUAUUUUUUAUUUUUUUAAAUUGAGCGCUUUCUGUCUUCCUCGCAGUGACGAUUCUUGCUUUAUAACCUGAAAUAAGUUUUAAAAUAAAUAAAUAAUCCGACAUGGACGAGGACGGGCUUCCGAUUGUGGGUUCUGGUGUCGAUCUCACCAAGGUCCCUGCUAUUCAACAGAGAAGAGUCGUUGCCUAUCUCAAUCAGUUUGUCGUGCACACAGUCCGCUUCCUGAACCGCUUUUCCACCGUUUGUGAAGAGAAACUUGCAAACAUAUCUCUCCGCAUACAACAGAUUGAAACAACCCUGUGCAUUUUGGAAGCUAAGCUGUCUUCAAUUCCUGGGCUGGAGGAUGUCACAAUAGAUGGGAUCAGUCAGCGGCAACCUGCUCAAGCCAAUGGACCCACUACUGCUAAUCAGAGCCAAACCGAUGGUCCACCAGCAGAGCCAUUGCCUCCCCCAGAGCCCGCUCAGACUGCACCUGACCCUGCAACGACACAGAAAGCAGAAGCAGCUGCAGAGAAUGUCAUGACAGUGGCCAAAGACCCACGUUAUGCCCGGUACCUGAAAAUGGUUCAAGUGGGAGUUCCAGUUAUGGCUAUAAGGAAUAAAAUGGUGUUGGAGGGUUUGGAUCCUAACUUGCUCGACACGCCGGAUGCCCCCGUGCCCGACGGAGGAACGAGGAGCGCAGAGGAUCAAGAUGUCGCCGCCACCAGCUCCGACAGCGAAUCAUCUUUCAGCGACUGACACCUGUCCUCUGUCCACACCGCCGCGAAGCUUCCUGUAAAGCUCAUCCAUCGCUAUUCUGAGCUUCUGUAGGCCUGUACUCAGAAAGAGACAUAGGUUUCACUGUGCCCGGAAAGGGGUACCAGCCAGAAGGUGUAAAUGUAAGUGCCUGGAGCAGGAGAAUCCAACCAGAGUGAUUGUAAUUUCAGUGUAAAAGAGCUGAAAUAGUUUUGCUGAUGGUCGGUCAGUAACCUGCUCAGUUUUGAUACAUUUUUGACAGAUGAUUUUCCAUGUUGCUUAUGUUAGCAGUAGUCCUCAGAACAUGGCAGUAGCAUGUCAUUUUUGUACAAAUGUAAUUAUAUACUGUAUAAGUUACUGAUUUUUCUUUGGUUGUCACACUAUUAAUCACAGUCUAAUGCCUUUUUAAAGAGAUGCAUUCAUCAGUUAAAAGUUAUGCCUCUUUGUUACAGGGUCGAGAUAAAAUAGAAAACUAAGUAUGUCGGAUGCUUUGAAUGUUUAACACAUACGUUGUAAUGUAAUGUUGUCUGUGUGCUAAGACCAGGCAAGAAAAAUAUCACAGUAAUCUUUCAGUAUCAAUAUACAGUUAUAUCAAAAUACCAGUUUAAUAGGAAGGAGAAUCACAUGCUGAAAGACAUGUGGUUCUCCUUCCCAAAAAUCAGCUGGAGUACCACAAACUGCUUAAAACCAGCUGUUUCUUCUUUAUUUUUCUUUACAAAAACUAUGAUUUUAAUAUGUUGACAUAUGAAUAAUAUCCAUGUUAUAAAUUGGUGUCUUAUCACAGAGGAA